AUGUCUUUCGAAAUAACAGAGAAAAUGAUUGUAAAUACAAUUGCAGGAUUUGGAUUCGUCAUAAAACUACCUGAUGGACCUGUUCCAGAAUAAUUAAUUGCUGAGGAUGAAACAUAAUUAAACCAUUAGCAAUCAGCAGAGAAACCAAUUGUUUCUUGUCCAAGUUCACCUGCUCCUCCAGAAAUAAAGGAUUAAGCAAAUGAAAAUGCUCCAAAACCAGAUGAAUUGUUAGAGAAAAAAAACGAAAAAUAGAUUGAGAAAUAAAUAGAGAAACAAUAAGAUGUUCAAUAAGAAAAGUAAAAUCAACCUUAGGCUCAACCCUCUAAAAUUAUAGCUAACUAAAAAGAAGUUGCUGAGAGUCAACCUAACUUACCACCUCCUUAAAACCCCAGCCGAUAAUCUUCUUAAUAACCUUCUCUAGAAAAAUAAAUUUCAAUGGCAGAAGAUCCUUUACCUUUUUCGAACUCUCUUCCUUUUUAAUAAUAAAGCUCUGUUGAAAAUUAACCAUAAAAUAAAAAAGCCCCAAUUUUGAAGAGAUUAACUUGUGAUUUAAGAGAGUCUUUAGUUUUGGCUAAAAAAUUAGAAAUUAAAUAUAAAUACCCUUAUUCUAACGAUGAAAGACUUGUUACAGUUGAUUUUUAAUUAGGCAAGAUUACAACAAUGGUGAAAAAUAUCAGUAAUGUAAUAUUUUUAUUGGUGAAGUCAUUUUUUGGUUAAAGGUAUUACUAUUUAGCAAUUGUUCCAGUUACUUAUACAGUAGAAUAAUUAAGAUCAUUUAUUAUUGAUGGGAUUGGAUAAAAUUAAAAAAUGUUUCAUAAUAUUAAACUUAUUCAUCCGAUGAUUUAAUUAAAAGAAUUAAAGGAUACAUAAACUAAACUAUCAGAAGUAGGUUUAAAAGAUUUUUCAUAACUUUUAUUUUUAGCAGAAAUGACUUUCACAUGGGAUCCAAUAAAAAAAGGGAAAAGUGUGGUAUUGUCAAAUAACAAUUUGACAGCUAAUAAAAAAGGACAAUCAGAUUAUUAAACUGUUCUUGGAACACUAGCAUUGAAUUCAGGAAGACAUUAUUGGGAAAUUAAGAUAGAAAAGUAUGUUGAUGAGGAAGAUAUUUUUAUAGGGAUUGCUAGGUAAAAUAUUAUUAAUAAUUAAUCAGAAAAGAAAUAGACUUAUAUACUUAGCCGACUACAACUGGACAUUUUUAUGGUUAUAUUUGUUUAUGUGCAAGAAAAUUCGGAGCUGAUGGUUAAAUAUCAGAUUAUGGAUACUCAGCUGUAUAGAAUGAUACAAUAGGUGUUUUACUAGAAUUCAGAAGUGGUAUUGGAACUUUAUCAUUUUAUCGAAAUGGAGUAAAAUGCGGAGAAGCAUUUAAUAAUUUGACAGGUACGUUCUACCCAGCAUUGUGUAUGUUUUAUGGAGAGGUUUAAGUUACUUUAGAUUCAAAAGCCCCGCUACCAGCAAGUUGAAUGAAAAUGAG